ACAUUCAUAUUUGUUUAUCUGUACAUCGUUUCCUUCCUGGGUAUUAUAAAAACGACCGCAGAAGUAAAAAAAUCCAGUAGUGGUGUCAAGACUUUCAAGAUGAGUAGACUAGUGAUACUUCUUAUUGUCACUGUAUUUGUCGAAUAUAGUUUAGGAGGUACAGACGAUAGUGCUUGUCCACCACUAGUUAAAUUUAGAAAAGGAUGCAAUAUUUGUAUCUGCAGUCCAAACGGUUAUGAUUAUACCUGUACACAGAACAAAUGCCAUCCAACGAAACGGAACGACAACUUGGAACGACUAUUAUCAGAUGAGGAUUAUUAUAAGGAUGAUAUGAGCAAUGACAUUGAUUCAGAAUCUACAACAGAAUCUGAAAGUGGUACAGAAAAUGAAAUCACCGAUGGUAAGGACGUUCGUUCCAGACAUAACAACGAAUUUGAAAGUAACGAUAUGAGUGAUGAUGAUGAUGAUAAGGAUGAUGAUCCAGAUUUUGAUCCAGACAGUUUUUACGAUGAUGAUGAUGAUGAUGAAGAUGAUAGUGAGGAUGAUGACCUUUAUGCUGGCAAGAAAAGACCUGCUUCUCGGAGAAAAUAUAAAAAUUCAAAAUCUACAUCUGACUCAUCUGAAAUGGAUGAAGAUGAAAGUGAUGAAGAAUAUGAAAUGCCCGAUGAAAAGGAAGUCCCUUCCAGAGAUAACAACGAACUUGACAGCGACGACAUGAGUGAUGAUGAUGAUGAUGAUGAGGAUGGUGAUCCAGAUUUUGAUCCAGACAGUUUUUACGACAACUUUGAUAGUGAGGAUGAUGACAACUAUGUUGGAAAGGGAAGGCCUGUUACUCGGAGAAGAUAUAAAAAGUUCCCUUAAUUUUUUUUGUAAACAAUAUGACAUUGAGAACUAAGUAUUUAAAAAAAUAUUAUUUGUAUUAAUUAUAUUAUUUAUAUAUUUAUAAUAUACUUAUAAAAAUAAAGAACAUUAUUAAUAUUUCA